GAAUCCAAAAUCCUAGCCUCCUGCUGGCUAUAGUGAACCCCCGACAUGGUUUCACCGUGUGUUCUCGUGUACGUGGGCCUGGUUUGCAGCGCCGUAUUGCCGCUGUACCUUGCCGAAGUGACGGUACCCGGGGCCGGGGAGGCAGAAAGAGGAACGUGCAGUAAACAGUACACGAACAACCACAACAUCACCGUGGUCGCCUCGCCUGGCCAGGACGGGCGGAAGGGAGACGCGGGACCCAGGGGCCUGCCCGGUGUACCUGGCGAGAAGGGACAGAGGGGCAUCCCGGGGAGACUGGGUCCUUUCGGCCCGCCAGGUGAGCGCGGACCCGCCGGUGAGAAAGGCGAGCUGGGUCCGGCGGGUCCUCGAGGUCCUCCCGGCGACUCCUCUCGCUCCUCCUCGGCGCUGGUGGCGUUUUCCGCCGCCCGCACCUCCAAGGUCUUCACGGGGACCGCCGUGACGUACGACGUCGUUCACGUCAACGAAGGAGACGCCUUCAACCCCCGCACGGGGAAGUUCACGCCUGCCGCCUCGGGGAUCUACUCGUUCACGUUCACCGGCAUGACCGAGUACGCCGCUAGCGCGAGUAUUCUCGUCUCCCUUAUGAAGAACGACGAGCGGGUCGCCAGCCUGCACGUCCGCAACCCGGCCUACGAAAUGCACCAGUCCAGCAGCAACAGCGCCCUCUUGCGGCUGCAGCUCGGUGACGAGGUGUGGGUGCAGCUGUGGAGCGGGUACGUCCUGUACAGCGACGGCAACAGGUACAUCACGUUCUCGGGCUUCCUCGUCCACGCCGAUUAACGGA